GUAUACAUAUGCUCUCUUCAUGUGUACAGGCUCUGCAAGUAAGCCAAGAGCGCCUUCAGAAAACUUUGUUUCACCAGUUUUGAGAAAAGGUGGUGAUUAAAGGAGCUAUGCCCAUAAUUGGAGCCCGGAGACGUUAAGGAAGGGAUGGGCGAGGUCACCUGUACACGUCACUGCAUGUUCGAAACUACCUAGGACCGAGAGUUUCGCAGUUGCAGCCUCUGUUUUGAAGGAAGCACACCUUUCCACAAGGUUGAAAGACUCUUAAGGAUUUAUAAUCAACAGAUUUGGGCUGCAAAUAAGGGAUUCUAUACAACCUUUCAAACUGAUGGGGAGUGUCAGGAGUUUACAGCUGGGAGUAAUCCUUCUCUUGGUCCAGGUUUUGGCUUCAGGAUCUUGUGACGAGCCUGUGCCAUGCCAGCCUGGCUUCAGUUCCGACAGCUUUGUCUUCAAAGUAAAUCGGGAACAUUUGCCGAGGGGCCGGAUAUUGGGGAGAGUGAUUUUUGAUGACUGCUCAGGACGUAAAAGAGCACUUUAUAUGUCGGAUGAUUCCCGAUUUCAAGUGGACACAGAUGGAACUAUAAAGGUGAAGAGAGCUGUGAAUCUGCAUAAUGGACACAAGCGUUUUUCAGUCCAUGCCUGGGAUUCUAGUGGGAAAAAACUGACCACAAGAGUCACAGUGGAAAAUGAGAUAAGAAGCCAUCACCACCACCAUGAGGAUAGUGUCACUCCUGGACAGCCUGAAUCCUCUCCAGACGUCCCAGUCCUGGUGUUUCCACAGUCCUCCACUGGAGAGCGGAAGAGACAGAAGAGAGACUGGGUCAUUCCACCCAUCGCUGUUUCUGAAAACAACAGAGGCACUUUCCCACAAACUCUGGUUAAGCCUAUGGAAAUCAUUAUUAAUGUUAUUGAUCAGAAUGAUAACAGUCCUGAAUUUACCAAAGACACCUUUCUGGGCAAUGCCACAGAAGCAUCUCCACCAGGUACUGCUUUCAUGACCGUAACUGCAACAGACAAAGAUGAUCCUAAUACAGAUAAUGGGAUUAUCAAGUACAGCAUCAUAAGCCAAGAACCUAAGGAGCCAAAUCCCAACAUGUUUAUGAUCAACCCAGUGAGUGGAGUGAUAAGUGUUGCUUCGCCUGGACUGGACAGAGAGCAAAACCCUGAAUAUACACUGCUGAUUGGAGCUUCUGAUAUGGAUGGGGCAGGUCGGCUGACCACUGCCACUGCAGUCAUCACUGUAACAGACAGUAAUGACAACGCUCCACAGUUCACACAGGUUUCGUAUACUGUUACUGUGCCUGAAAACAAAGUAGACUUUGAGGUGGUGAAACUACCAGUGACCGAUAUGGAUGAACCACACACACCAGCCUGGAACACCAGGUAUACAAUCGUCAAAGGGAAUGAAGGAGGGUUCUUCAAUGUCAGCACUGGGCCUGGCAAGAUGGAGGGCAUUGUUAGAACUGCAAAGGGUCUUGAUUUUGAGAAGAACAGCAAGUACACUUUAUUGAUUACAGUAGAAAAUGAAGUGCCCUUUGCCACUCGACUGCCAACAGCCACUGCUACUGUUGUUGUAAAUGUGGAGGAUGUUAAUGAGGCCCCGAUCUUUGAUCCACCUCAAAAAACAAUCCGCCGGUCAGAGGACCUUGAAGUAGGAGCUGUACUGGACGUAUAUAAAGCUACAGAUCCAGACACUGCAAGAAAGCAGACUGUAGGGUAUCGAAUAGGAAGUGAUCCUGCAGGGUGGCUAAGUGUUGCCAAAGAUACAGGGCUUAUCAAAGUGAGGAACACUAUGGACAGAGAGUCUCCUUAUGUCAAAGAUGGGAUGUAUAAAGCUCUCAUUCUGGCAUUUGAUGAUGAUCAAGUUCCUGCAACUGGCACUGGGACACUUCUUAUAGAGCUCCAGGAUGUUAAUGACAAUGCUCCAACAAUUGAAGAGAGAGAGAUCACCAUCUGUAAUGAAGAAUCUAGUCCUGUACUGCUGUCCGUUACGGACAAAGAUAGUCCUGAAAAUGCUGAUCCGUUCAGUGUGGUUCUCCAAGGGAACUCCAAGAAUAAUUGGACUGCUACAAUGGAUGAGAAAAAAACUAGUGUUGUGUUGGAGCUUAAAACAAAGCUGGAGCAGGGUGACUACAAUGUUGUCCUGAGGAUCUUCGAUGCUGCAAAAAACUUCCAGGAUAGUACUCUUCUAGCAAAAGUCUGUAACUGUAAAGGACCAGACCCAGAAUGCAUGCCUGUUCGUGAUGCACUGGUUUCCCUGCCUGGAAUACUUGGUGUUUUGGGAGCCAUUCUGGGACUGCUACUUCUGAUUCUGUUGCUGCUGAUGUUCCUCAGAAGAAGGACCAGGGUAAAAAAAGAGCCUCUGAUUCCAGAGGAUGACAUUCGUGACAAUGUCUUCUAUUACGAUGAAGAAGGUGGUGGAGAGGAAGAUCAGGAAUAUGACUUGAGCCAGCUGCACAGAGGUCUGGAUAAUCGUCCUGAAGUCUUCCGUAAUGACGUGGUUCCAACAUUUACUGGCCUACCUGCUCCUCAAUACAGACCCCGGCCUGCUAACCCUGAGGAAAUUGGAAACUUUAUUGAGGAUAACUUGAAGGCCGCGGACAGUGACCCUACUGCUCCCCCCUACGACUCCCUCUUGGUGUUUGAUUAUGAAGGAGGCGGUUCAGAAGCUGGCUCACUCAGCUCCCUCAACUCUUCCAGCUCAGGGGGCGACCAGGACUAUGACUGCCUCGGUGAAUGGGGCCCACGCUUCAAGAAACUGGCCGAUAUGUAUGGUGGUGGGGAAGACUGAAGACCAUUUUGCCAGUUAGCCCCAAUUUGUAAACUUCCUCUUCACUACAAUUCACUUGACUCGUGACCUUGAAUUUGUGCACCUGUAUAGUUCACUAUUUUUAAUUUGAGAAACUUAAAUCUUCAGCUGAGUCAAUCAGGGGGAUGAAGAAACUCUCCUGACUGCACUACUGCUAUAAAGAGGCCAUUCAGAAAUAUUAACUUGGUGAAUUCAGAAUAAGCAGAUUUCAGCCUAGUGCUUGUAAAUAUUGCAUGGACUCCUAUCCUUUUUAACCCUUUUUUAUGAAUUUGAAAAAAGAUCUUGCAUUUCUGAUUACUAUUGAAAUCUUAAUAUGAAAGGCAUGAGAAAUGGGAUGUUCUUUGUACUUUAAGCAGACUGUUUUAUGUAUUUAAAAUCCUUUCAUUUAUUCUACACUAAAAUUGACUUAGAACUUCUACUGUUAGAGAAUAAAACAAGUUCCUUCUCUAAUUUAGAGGAAAUGCCUUCAACAACCAAAGAACUGCUUGUAACCAAAGGAUGGAAGUUAGACAACUUCAUAGUUUUUGUUUUUUAAAGGCUAGCCUUUUUUUGUUGCUUAGUUUUUUUCAUAUGCAUUUUAACAGAGAAUGUGAAAACUGGAAAGGAAAAACAAUUCAGUUAUUGCUUAUUUUGGGACUGUUUGAGAUAUACAUCAAAAUAUUUUAUUAAAUAAAUCCUUAAAAAAACGUGUCUUAUACUUCAUAACUUUUAACGAAAAGGCAACAUACACCUGUUAUCUUUUAGAAGGAUUUCUCGAAGUCAAGCUCAUGUCCUGUUUAGAAUAUAAAAUACCGCUCCAUUUGUAUGUGAGGGAUGCCCUUUUAGUACAAUUGGCUUCCUAAGAAUUGGUCCUCUUUAUAUUCCCCAUGCAGAAGUGUAUGGUGCUGUUCAGAAUUGUCCUGCAAUAUCUGACCUUUUUAAAUGAUUUAGGAAUAUUUUAUGAAAAUGUAAUUUAAGAUGCAGUAAUGUUAGUUCUAAAUUGAAUAAUUAAUCCUUGCUAGUAGUAGAUUGGAUUUGCACUCAAUUGCAAAUCAACUAAUUGCAGAAAUAAUUAAUCAACAGAACAGGCAGAGGUUUAUUCACAUGUUUCACCUGUGGAGCCUUUCGAUACAUUGUCCUUUCUUUUCAGCAUGGAAUAAACCUCUGCCUGUUCUUUCGCAGCCUAUGCAUGCCGAUGCAGCUAAAUAUUUGAACUUAUUACUGCAACUGCAUACAAGUGUACAGUAUUAUAAUACAAUAAUCCACUAGACCUGUUAAUUGCCACAUGGUGUGAUGAAUGAAUUCAAUAAAAUCAGAAAUGUAAUUGUCAAACAUGAUUUUAAAUUUUACAGUGCAGCUUUAUUGGGAUGUUCUAAUUACCAAUAAACUGUUGAAGUGUUAGAAUCUUCACCAGGCGGUAACAUUUGGACUCAUUUUAUUUUGAAAUCUGAUACAUAACUGUACAAGUCUGCAGGAAUCUUAAUCUGCCUUAAAUAAACCUUUACAAACCCAGUUACUGUAAUUUUUAGUGGGACUGUCAAAACUGUAUUGCCUAGGGUUAAUGUCAACACCAAAGGUCUCUAAAGAUGUACUGAAAAAUAUUUUCACUUUCAAAUCUCUAUAUAAAACACUAGGUGGCAAUGCUUCAUCUUAAAUGCAUUUCUAAGGUUUGCCAUACUUCCCUCCAUCAAUACUCAGUUGAAAAUAAAGAUUACAAAUGCA